AUGGGUAGCUUGGAUCUCGAGGGUAGCAUGACAGGCCUCGAUCCGCUCGCCGUCCUCGCCGUCGGCCAGACCGGCGCCGGCAAGACGCUCCUCGCGCCUGCCAUUCUGCACGCCCUCUCUCCAGGCAAGCCAGUGCAUCUCAUUGCGGACACGUACAAGACGUACCACCCGCAGUACACGCCGCUGAUGCAGUCGUCGGCGCCGCAGCACGCCUCUCCCGCGACAGGCCCGGACGCGCGCCGCUGGCUAGCGCUCGCGGUGGGCGAGGCCGCGCGGCGCGGUGUCGCCGUCGUGCUCGAGAGCGCGUGCCGCCACCCGGAAGACUUUUGCGCCCUCGCGGCGCAGUUCCGCGCAGCGCAGUACCGCGUCGAGGUGGUGGUGCUGGCCGUUCCUGCGGCGCUGUCGCGUCUCGGCAUCCUGGCGCGCUUCUACGAGAAAAAGCCCGAGGCGCAAUCGCGCGGCCUACCCGUGCGGCUGACGCCUGUCAAGGUCCACGACGACUCGUACGCGGGCCUGCUGCACGCGGCGCGUUACCUGGAGAGUUCGGGCGCGGCGGACCAGGUCGUUGUGGUGCGCAGAGGCAAUCUCGUCGCCUACGGGUGGGAGAGGGCUGGGGGUGAGGCGCCAAAGAUUGCAGCGGCCGUCGAGAGGGAGCGGGAACGGCGCUUGACAGAGACGGAACGUAAGACGGCGCUGGAGGACGUGCAGCGACUCGAAUUGCACGAGGGUGCAAAGGAGCAGCUGGAGCAGGUCAGGGAGCUUCUGAAGCCGCUCAUCAGUGAUGCUGCACAUGACGCGACGCAUUCAACGUUGGUCCCGAUAGAGUUUGCGCGGAAGGAUGGAGAUGAGCGAGCGAGCAACGUGCUGAGAUUGGGAUACGCAUAG